AUGACGAUCGUCUCAUCAUUUGCUGAUCUUCUCGCACUCCUCACCAUCCUCAUAUGCCUCCUCCACCGUUGUGGCGCCAACUAUGAAGUCGAGUCGGUCGACGGGUCAGGGAAUUUGCUGUCGGCUAAGCUGACACUUGUAGGCGGGACGACACAGUUCGGGCCUGAUGUCAAGCAGCUCAACCUGACUGCAAGCCUAGAGACGGACAACCAGCUCCACGUGCGCAUCACCGACGCCGACCAUCAGCGGUGGGAGGUCCCCCAGGACGUCAUCCCACGCCCAGAGCCGGCGCUGGAGGACGUCUUGCUACAUUACUCGGGCAUGAGCAAUGCUUCCUUGCCCGGCAGCAGCACCAUGUCCAGCGAGUCUUCAGACCUGACCUUCACCAUCCACACCGCCCCGUUCCGCUUCACCGUCUCCCGCCGCUCCACCGGCGACGUCCUCUUCGACACCUCCGCCACACUCGUCUUCAAGAACCGGUACUUGGAGGUGACGUCGGCGCUGCCAGCCAAGGGGGCAUCUUUGUACGGGCUGGGCGAGCAGACAAAACGGACAUUCCGGCUCCAACAGAACGACACGUUCACGAUCUGGAACGAGGACCUGGAGAGGUCGGACCUACUGGACAUCAACCUCUACAGCUCGCACCCAUUCUACAUGGACGUGCGCCCCGGCGGCGCUGCCCACGGCGUGCUGCUCCUCAACACCAACGGGAUGGACAUAAAGUACGGCGGGUCCUACAUCACCUACAAGGUGAUCGGCGGCGUGCUCGACUUCUACUUCUUCGCCGGGCCCUCCCCGCUCGCCGUCGUCGACCAGUACACCCAGCUCAUCGGCCGCCCUGCCCCCAUGCCGUACUGGUCAUUCGGGUUCCACCAAUGCAGGUAUGGCUACAAGAAUGUGGCUGACCUGGAGGGCGUGGUCGCGGGCUAUGCCAAGGCCAAGAUUCCAUUAGAGUCGAUUUGGUCGGACAUCGACUACAUGGACGGCUACCAGGACUUCACACUGGAUCCGGUGAACUACCCGGCGAAACUGCUCCGGCCGUUUGUCGACCGGCUCCACAAUAGCAGCCAGAAAUACGUGGUCAUCAUUGAUCCGGCGAUCAAAAAAGAAGCAGCACCUCCUCAAAAUGAGGCCGUGGGUUUGUUCCUCCAGCGAAACGGCACCAACUAUGUCGGCCGGGUGUGGCCAGGCGAGGUCUACUACCCGGACUUCAUGAACCCACGCACUGCUGAGUACUGGGCGCGGAAGAUCUCUGAGUUCCGUCGAACCAUCCCCGCUGACGGGCUGUGGUGCGACAUGAACGAGCCCUCCAACUUCAAGGCCUGGGAGCCGCUCAACGAGUACGACGACUCGCCCUACCGCAUCAACAACACCGGCAUUCACCGCAACCUUAAUAACAAGACCGUGCCCGUCUCCGCGGUGCACUUCAAUGGUGUGUCGGAGUACGAUGCGCACAACCUCUACGGCCUCCUCGAGUCGCGGGCCACGCAUGAUGCUCUUCUCAAGGACACGGCACGCCGCCCCUUCGUGCUCAGUCGCGCCACGUUCGUCGGCUCGGGGCGCUACACCGCGCACUGGACCGGCGACAAUGCCGCACGGUGGGACGAACUCGCGCACUCCAUCAACACCAUCCUCAACUCUGGCCUUUUCGGCAUCCCCAUGAUGGGCGCCGAUAUCUGUGGGUUCAACGGCAACACGACUCAGGAGCUCUGCAGCCGCUGGAUUCAGCUUGGUGCAUUCUACCCGUUCGCGAGGGCUCACGCAGAGAAGACAACCGUCCGGCGAGAGCUCUAUGUGUGGGAGCCAACGGCACAAUCAGCGAGGAAGGCGUUGGGGAUGCGGUACCGGAUGCUCCCCUACAUCUACACGCUCAUGUUUGAGGCGCACACAACGGGGGCACCCAUAGCGCGCCCGCUCUUCUUCUCCUACCCUCAGGAUGCCGACACCUACGGCGUGGACAGGCAGUUCCUGCUAGGCCGUGGCGUGCUUGUCUCACCGGUGUUGGAGGCGGGCGCCACCACCGUGGACGCCUAUUUCCCGGCCGGCCGGUGGUUUAGUCUUCACGACCACUCCCCCGCCAUCACCUUGCAGACCGGCAAGCGCGUGACGCUCCCGGCGCCAGCGGACUCGGCAAACGUGCACCUUGCCGGCGGCAACAUACUACCACUGCAGCAGCCGGGCCUCACCACGUCCGCCACACGCCAAAGCGAGUUCCACCUCCUUGUGGCGCUCGCGGAGAACGGCACCGCCAGGGGUGAGCUGUUCUUGGAUGACGGGGAGUCGCCAGAGAUGGGCGGGAUGGGAGGCAACUGGACCCUGGUGAGAUUUAGCUGCAACACGGAGGAUAGCAAGGGCAUCAUCACGACCACGGUGAGUUCCCAUGUGGUGCAGAACUCGUACGCACCGAGCCAGACUCUGGUCAUCGGCAAGGUGAUCUUCAUGGGGCUCCCGUCGCCACCAAAGGGGUUCACCGUCUAUGUAAACGGCGUUGAGCUCAAGGCAGCCGGCACCAAGUCCCGGACGAAUGGAGUGUUCAGUGUCAGUGGGCUGUCGCUGGUCAUCGGACAGCAGUUCGAGAUCAAGGUCGUCAUGUCCCAUUAA